AUGGCCUCCCCGCCGCGGGGGCAGCCCGCCACCGCCGCCGCGCCGGCAGCCGCGGCCGCCACGUCCCCGCAGUUGCCCGCCGCAUCCCAUCCGCUCCCCCGCGCGUUCCUCGCCACCUCCUCCCCCCGUGCCACAGCGGCUGCACCGGCGCCCCCGCUCUUCACCGGCCGGCCGCUGAACCCUAACCCUCCGGGCCACGGCUCCUCCGUGCCCCACGGCAUCCUCUACCCCGUCCUGAGAUCCGCGUCCACGUCCAACUCCGCGGCCGCGGCCGCUACCGCGCAGCUCCGCCGCGUUCCUCCGAUGGCCGUCGGGUACCCCCGGACCCACGCCGUCGCCGUCCCCAUUGCGCAGCAGCAGCAGCCCCUGGUGCGCGAGCUGCCCCGGUCCUUCGCGGCCGUGCCUCGGGCGCUUGUGGCGGGCGUGGCGGCGCGGCCCGAGCAGCCUCCCCGAGGAGUUCCUAUAGCUUCACAGCCCAAGGUUAAUCCAAUACCGCCUGUUGCUCCAUCCAAUGAGCAGAGCAACCCAAAAGACAGGGAAAAGAGCAGAGAAGAACCUACAGUUGUGGUGAUUAAUGACCGCAAAGUUAACCUGCUGGAUAGUGAGUCAGGAUCCUUGUAUGCUCUCUGUCGAUCGUGGGUUCGUAAUGGUGUUCCACAUGAAAGUCAGCCAAGCUUUGGAAAUGGUGAACCCCUUCUUCCAAGACCUUUGCCUGCUUCAGUUGUAGAUUCUAGAAUAUCAGAAAGGGACAAUAAUGAUGUCGCUGGUGAAGAUUCAGAUGAAGAGCCACAGAAGGAUGCCAACGGUGAAUACAAUACAAGCGACUUAUUGAAGCAGCAUGUAAAGCGUGCCAAAAGGAUACGUGCUGGGAACAUGGCGCGAGAAGCCGGGAACUCCAAAGCUGGAGCUAACAAUCGGUUGACUAGAUCAAGGAGCAACUACUUGGAAGCCAGAGAGGUCACAAUGCGUUGGACUGAGGCUGAGCGCAAGAAUUGA